GACUGAGCAAAGCCGGGUCUUUGCUCUGACUGACGCCUUUGCCUUUGAUUGACAAUUAAGUUUCACGACAUGGAAAUUAUUUUUUGUGUCAGCUGUCAAUGGUUUUCCGUGUUUUGUUGCUACACCUGUUACCGGUGUGAAAUAUUCCGCUUUUGCUACUCACUCUGUUUAGACUUCGUUAGCUGAGCCGCAUCUGCACGUCGCGGCUAAAUUUUAUUAUUUCCUACUAAAGCCUAAAGGAUCACUGACAGGAUCGCUAAAGUUUUAGCGUAGAAUGCAGGAUAAUGUGUUUCAUUUGAGGACCGAAGGAACACUCUUACUUCAAGACUGGAAGCUUAAUUCAAUCGAAGUUCUUAUAGGAGCUUUUUUCAUCACAGUUCUAGUUGCUACUCUAUACGAGGGCCUCAAAAUAUUCAGGCAAUGGCUGGUUUGCAGACCUCUCCGUCUCUUAUUCAAAGACAUCUGUCAUUCAACGUCAACAAGUUUAGAUGUUACAGAUCCUGAGGACGCAUGUAGCAAUAAAGAAACCCUACAACAACUAUUUGUUAGAUUCCCGAACAGGAGCCAAAGAUGGAGAAUUAAAAUUCACACAUUGCAGGCGUGUCUUCACACGCUACAAGUGCUAGUGGGAUAUGUGCUGAUGUUAAUAGUUAUGACGUAUAAUGUUUGGCUUGGGGUUGCAGUGGUUGCUGGGGCAGGAGUUGGGUAUAUGGCUUUCUCAGCUAUUUUCCCCGAUGACUUGAGGCUCCGAAAGAUUGAAGACCAUGAAAAAGCUUUAGAUCUAAAUGAGCUUUCAUGUCAAAGAAAUCUUUUGUCACAGUAAUAAAGGAAAUGCGCCUUACUCGUUUGACAUUCACUUUACUAACACUCAGCCUCCUCACUGAAAGACUCCAACAAAAAAGGAAAACAACAAAAUGAAUUGUUCAAUUUGAUUUAAUAUCAAUGAUCCUACUUGAUUGAAAAAUACAUUUCCUUCCUAUGCAAUAAAUAUAGCAAAAUAGGCUUUAUAAAAUUAAGCUUAAAAGCAGUUAUCACUAAGCAUACUUUUCCUGCACAGGAAACAAAGGUUAUCUUAAUAUUACUGACCCAGUUAUGGAAAAAGCAAAACAUAUUCACAUGAAUAAUGGCUUGAAUUCUCAUCACAAAUUAUUUUCCCGUCAGAGAUAGUAUACUAUGGAAUAGGUCAGUGUCUACAAAAUGCAAGCCAGCCCAUCACAGUAGCCAUUUUGUUUAGCCUUCGUUAACCUUGCUAUUU